CAUAAUUGCAUAUUAUCAGUGUUAAGUCUGUCCCAGGCAGUACCAGAGCAAAAAAUCCGCCAUGAGUGAUGAUACAGAGAAAACGUAUGAGCCAAGUGAGAGGGUUCAAAAAGAAGCUCAUGUGAAAGACAUGGAAACAUAUCGAAAGAUGCACAAAUUAAGUUUGGAUGAUCCUGAGAAAUUCUGGUCUGAUAUUGCUAAGCAAUUCUACUUCAAGUCACCAGUGUCAGGGAAAUUUCUUGAAUAUAAUUUCAACAUAAAAAAUGGCCCAAUUUAUAUUAAAUGGAUGGAGGGAGCUGUCACUAAUAUUUGUUAUAAUUGUCUCGAUAAACACGUUAAGGAUGGAAAAGGAGACGUUAUUGCAUUUUAUUGGGAGGGAAACGAUCCUAUGGACUGUACCACCAUUACCUAUAGUCGACUUCUUGAAGAGGUCUGCAAGUUUUCAAAUAUACUGAAAUCUCUUGGUGUCAAAAAAGGAGACAGAGUUGCAAUUUAUUUACCUAUGAUUUUGGAGCUUGUUGUAGCAAUGCUCGCUUGUGCAAGACUUGGAUUCAUUCAUUCCAUUGUGUUUGCAGGAUUUUCUGCUGAAUCCUUAUCAAGUAGAAUUUUAGAUGCCAAAGCUGAUGUACUAAUUACUGCAGAUGGUUGUUUCCGAGGUGCCAAACUAGUUGACUUGAAAAAAAUUGCGGAUGAAGCCAUACACAAAUGUACUGAACACAAUCAUAAAAUUAAAGCUUGUAUAACAGUAAAGCAUGUCACAGAUAAAAGUUACUGCGAUGAUGUAACAGAAAGACCAGCAAAGAGACCUACAAAUCAAAUGGAGGUUGCAUGGAAUCCUGAAGUUGAUAAAUGGUAUCAUGAGCUGAUGGCAGAUUCAUCUGCUGAGUGUGAACCUGAAUGGAUGGAAUCGGAAGAAUCACUUUUUAUGUUAUACACGAGCGGAUCAACGGGUACUCCUAAGGGAGUGCUACACCAUGUUACUGGUUACAUGUUAUAUGCUGCGACUACACACAAAUAUUCAUUUGACUAUCAUCCUGGCGAAGUCUACUUUUGCACUGCUGAUAUUGGAUGGAUUACUGGACACACGUAUAUUACAUAUGGGCCAUUGUUGAACGGUGCAACCUCUGUUCUGUUUGAAGGAACUCCACUCUUUCCUGAUUGCAGUAGGCUAUGGUCUAUCGUAGAUAAAUACCAAGUUUCCAAAUUCUAUACUGCUCCUACUGCAAUUAGAGCACUAAUGAAAUAUGGUGAAGAACCAGUGCAAAGGUUCAAAAGGACGUCACUCAAAGUACUCGGUACAGUAGGAGAGCCAAUCAAUCCGGAAGCUUGGAUCUGGUAUCAUAAGGUUAUAGGAAAUUCACAAUGCUGUAUUGUUGAUACUUUCUGGCAAACGGAAACUGGUGGCCAUGUCCUCACACCAAUGCCUGGUUGCACUCCAACCAAACCUGGUGCUGCAACUUUCCCUUUCUUUGGUGUUGAACCAGCUGUUUUAACAGAUGAAGGCAAAGAAGUGGAAGGACCAGGAAAAGGAUAUUUGGUUUUCAAAAGGCCUUGGCCUGGUAUUAUGAGAACAGUGUAUGGUGAUCAUGCUAGGUUUGAAAAAACAUACUUCUCUAAAUUUCCUGGUUAUUAUGUUGCUGGUGAUGGUUGCACUAGAGAUGAAGACGGAUAUUAUUGGAUUACAGGACGUAUUGAUGACAUGUUGAACAUAUCAGGUCAUUUACUGAGCACAGCAGAAGUCGAAUCAGCGUUAAUUAAACACGCUUCUGUGUCCGAGGCUGCGGUUGUAGGGAAACCUCAUUCCGUCAAAGGAUUUUGCAUUUAUUGCUUCGUCACUCUGAAAGAAGGAAUCAAAUUUACUGACGAUGUGGUUAAAGAAUUGAAACUAAGAGUACGAGAGGACAUUGGGCCAAUCGGAACUCCAGAAUACAUCCAAUAUGCACCUGGUUUACCAAAAACUCGCUCGGGAAAAAUAAUGAGGAGAGUGCUGCGAGCAAUCGCUCAGGGACGGCGGGAUAUGAUCGGAGAUAUCUCAACCAUGGCGGAUGAGUCCGUGGUGGAAACGUUAUUCGGGACGAGACCACCUCAAAAUUCUGAUUAGAAUGAAUAUUAACAUUUAAAUCAAUUAAGACUAAAUCGUUUUAUGCAUUUUUAUAUAUUAUGUAGCUGUUUUCAAUAUUCUUAACAAUGACCAACUCAGUUUUGCUAGGUGUUUCAUCAUGUUAACUCUUACUUAUUCAAAUUUUAUGGUUAGUUAUGCUUUCCCAAUUAAGCAAUUCGAAUUCUGGGUAUUUAUUAAAAUAUUAUUGAAAAUUUUUUAUAUGGUGAAGUUGCAUAACUGUCAUGGAACUAACUACUACUAAUCCACUUUAAAACUUGACACAAUCUGAACAAAUCUGUUCCCCAGAACAAAAUUUUCACUCGAAUUCAACAACAUUGUUCCUCAUUGCUUUUCAGUGAAAAUUUUCAUUUAUGCAGAACUAUGAUUUAAAUUUUAGAAACUUAUAAAUUUGUCAAAUUGUCAAAUACCAGAAAUAUGCCUAAAACCAAUCCAACCCCCAAAUUAUCUUCCUUGACUUUGUCACUCUUUUUAAGAACAAUUUAACAAAAAAAAAAUUUUUUCACAUUUAGAAUUCAGUGGUUUCCAAGCUUUACCGAUCAAUUUCUCCCUUUGCCUAUUUCGGAUAUCUUUAUUUCUCCUUCACUACGCAAAAUAACUAUGUUGUUGUUAUUUGUUUAAUCUUUAUUGGAUCCUUAGAUAGUGCUACGCACAUUUAGCACUCUUGACUUUUGUACAAUUUGAAUGGUUUAAUAAUUAAUUAAACACAUUUUUGAAACUACUCCUCCCCAAGAACAUCAAAAUCCCAGAAUCCCCCCACCCCCUUCGGGAAGAACUUUUUCCUGGUCAGAAACAUUGAUUUAGAUCACAACGUAUGGGUCAUUUGAAAAUCAUCUUGGAUCGCUUGUUUCUUCAACAAAAAGAUAAAACUUAUUAAAUUCAGUUCAAUUUUUAUCAUUUGUUUUGUCUUUAAUAUCAAACUGUUGCAUAAUAAUAGUUUAUAUGAAAACUCACGGCGGGAAAACUUGGCAGCAUCUAUUUUGCUAUGCUCAAGAGAGAAUGCCACCAUUCGAAAACCUAACAAACAAGCGCACUUUGAAGUAAUUUCUGUUGAAAUAAUUAUUAUGUAAAAAUGAUUGAUUUGCAUAAGUGCGGUCGUAAAAUCACUACAUGCCAUUUUUGAGUCGCGAGAUUCCACAAAUCAUAUAAAUGUCUAAAUAGGUUGGAAACUACUGAUUUAGAUCAAUGAAAUACAUUGACAUAAUAGACUACCUUAUCUGACCAUUUUUCAGGUAUUUCAAGCUUGAAUUACUAAUUUAAUAUUGAAGCAAUCAAUACUACUAGUAUUAGGGCUGCGCUUUUUGUGUAUGGCAUAUGCAGAGGAUAAGCAUUUUUAUCAUUGUUAUGCAGCGUAUUGAAAUUAGGUAACAGAAUUUAUUUCCUUCCAAAAUGUGUGGCUGCUAUUGAUUAGCAUUUUGAUGACGCGGGUAAGAAACAAUGUCCGAGAAUAUAUAAAAUCUUUGUAAUAGUUGGAAUAAAUUGUAACGUAAGUUCAUAAAUUUUUCUGAUUCAACAUAUCCGACCAAAUGUAAUAUUUGUUAAAUAAAUGGUCAUCCUGUGUCUAGCAUUUAUUUUUAAUGGCGUGAUACAAUAACCACUAUAUUAUCUUGUUAGGUUUCCAUAUUUAUGUUACCUAAAGUUUGUUUCCCAUAGCCGACAUGAACUACAUAAUGGACAUGAUGGUUUGCCUCAAGAUUAUUACCUCCACCAGUUUUCUCUCCCCGGAAUAAAAGUAAACACAUAUACCAGGCAUUGUUCCAUCUCAAUUCAGUUGGUAACACGGUUAGAAGAGACGCGCGGUCUUCAUUGUUACCACAGCUGCAAUGAAGUUUAUUCUUGUGCAAAAUCUGAACCGUUGAGAUUGCGUCAAAGAAAAGCUACGAAAAGUCUGGUUUUACUUUCGGAAUUUCUCAGCGUGAAAUUCAAGUCUCAAAAUCGACUUACCAACUACAUAUGUUUUUUGUUUGCCUCCAACAUGAAUAUGCCAUCCUUUCCAAAACGUUAUUGACAUUUUUGAUCAAUUAUUAUUCAACCCAUUCUUCGCAAUGGCAUCCAAUAAAACAAAAUAUUGAGCCAAACCUGUAAUUGACGACGAUAUGAAAUUCCAAGGUUUAGUAUCGCAAAAACAGUGACACCCUUCUCACUGAGAUUAAAUCAAGAUGUUGUUCUUGUAUUUAUGGAUUCUUGUGUUAUUGCUGCUAUUAAAUUUAAUAAAUUGCA